GCGUCUCGGGGUCUGGACGCUGAUGCCACCGGUCGGGCGGGUAUGGAGGCGGCGCGCUGCGCACCGGGAUCCCGUGGGGACAGUGCCUUUGAGGAUGAGACCCUGAGACUUCGGCAACUGAAGCUGGACAAUCAGAGGGCACUGCUGGAGAAGAAGCAGAGAAAGAAGCGCCUUGAGCCACUCAUGGUACAGCCAAACCCAGAAGCCAGGCUGCGAAGAUUAAAGCCAAGAGGGAGUGAGGAGCACACGCCUUUGGUGGACCCUCAGACGCCGCGCAGCGAUGUCAUCCUACAUGGCAUCGAUGGUCCAGCUGCUUUCCUUAAGCCAGAGGCUCAGGAUUUGGAAAGCAAGCCUCAAGUUCUCUCAGUGGGCUCCUCCCCUACCCCAGAAGAAGGCACCGAAGGAAGUGCAGAUGGCGAAAGCCCCGUGGAGACAACCUCCAAGCCAGACCUUCAGGAGAUUCUCCAAAAACACGGCAUCUUGAGUAGUGUGAACUAUGACGAGGAACCUGAUGACGAGGCAGAGGAUGAAGGGGAAAACCUCAGCUCCCCACCAGCUCAGUCAGAGAAGGAGAGUACUGGAGCCAGCCAGAAAGCAGCCUCGGACACAGGAGCUUCCGGUGUGACAGCCCAGCAGGGUGAUGCCCAGCUCGGAGAAGUGGAGAAUUUAGAGGAUUUUGCAUAUAGUCCUGCCCCUCGGGGUGUCACAGUGAAGUGUAGAGUGACUAGGGAUAAGAAAGGCAUGGACCGUGGCCUCUUCCCCACCUACUAUAUGCACCUGGAGAAGGAGGAGAACCGCAAGAUAUUUCUUCUAGCUGGUAGGAAGCGAAAAAAGAGCAAGACGUCCAACUACCUGGUCUCCACAGACCCGACAGAUUUGUCUCGUGAAGGGGAAAGUUACAUCGGCAAACUCAGAUCCAAUCUCAUGGGAACCAAGUUCACGGUGUACGACCAUGGUGUCAACCCAGUGAAGGCCCAGGGUCUGGUGGAAAAGGCCCACACCCGACAGGAGCUGGCUGCCAUCUGCUAUGGUCUCCUUGUCUGCCCUAGCCUUCCUGCAUAUUCCAGGCUGGCCUCAAACUCUCAACCUUCCUGCUUCAACCUGCUGAAUUCUGGGAUUAAAGGAAACAAAUGUACUUGGUUUCAAAGGUCCCAGGAAAAUGUCCGUGAUCAUUCCAGGGAUGAAUAUGAAUCACGAACGCAUCCCAUUUCGACCACGAAACGAGCACGAGAGCUUGCUUUCCAAAUGGCAAAACAAAUCCAUGGAGAACCUGAUCGAACUGCACAACAAGGCCCCGGUGUGGAACGACGACACCCAGUCCUACGUCCUGAACUUCCACGGCAGAGUCACUCAGGCGUCUGUGAAGAACUUCCAGAUAGUCCACGGGAAUGACCCUGACUACAUAGUCAUGCAGUUCGGACGCGUGGCGGACGACGUGUUCACACUGGACUAUAACUACCCACUGUGCGCACUUCAAGCCUUCGCCAUCGGGCUGUCGAGCUUUGACAGCAAGCUGGCCUGUGAAUGAAAAGCAGCAAGAGGGGGCGCGUCUUCACCACAGAGCCUUCAGGAGCAGAAAGCUGCUGCCCUCACCCCGCCCUAGCACAAGAAAAGCAGCAUUCUGCCCCUCUGGGGAAUGAUCGAGUGUGUGUGUGUGUGUGUGUGUGUGUGUGUAUGUGCGUGUGUGUGCUUAUACAUGCACACGUUUAUACACACGUGGACGCAUGCUUCCACAUACUCGUUCAUGCCUUCUCUGAACUUCAGAGACCUGGUCACAGAUUAUAGCUUCUCGUGGGUGAGAGGUGGUUUAAAGCACAGGGAGGUAGAUAACUCGGGCACACUGGUGUCUCCUGAUUGGAUAACAGAUUCUGUGUGGUGAGUGUAGCUUUCGUGUGCUCGGGCACUUCCGACAGAAUCAGGUUCUAAUGACUAAAUACUUGGGCCUCCUUUUUUGAAGCCCCUUUCAAAAGGGGGGGCUAUUCCUUUGGAUGCCUUUAGCCCAGGAGCCUGCAGACUUUUCUCAGCCAAUGGUCUCUUGCACUGAGUCCAGUUAGCUUCUUUAGCACAAAACAGCCAUAACCAGUUGGUGCACAAAGAGUGUAGCUGUGUCCCAAUAAAAUUUUAUUUACAAAGUGGG